UAAUUGGGCCCCCAGCUAGUGGAUGGUGGGAUUGGUGAGUUAUCAAAAAAAAUUGUAUGGGGGCCGCUAGGAUAAUUAUUUAGCUUCUUUCCUUUGGCUUUAUUACCUGUAUCUUGUUAUGACAGAAAAAAUCAAGCUUGCUUCGAAAAACCUUCCCAUUCUUGUUUAAUAUUUGUGAAGCUUCCUACUCCUCUACUUGGUGUUAAUGUUGUGGAUUGUCAUGAGUCGGGUAUUUUAACUAUAACUAAACUUUCAAACUAUGUCUAUCUUAGGAUUUAGUGGCUAGUUUAGGAGAUGGAUAUAAUUUCCCAACUACAAGAACUAGUCAACUCUAUCGCAGCUCUUGCCUUCAAUACCUUCGGCACAUUACAAAGGGAUUCCCCACCGGUCCGUCUGUCUCCAAAUUAUCCCGAACCUCAUGCUGCUAAUCCCACGGAAGAUGCUGCUAAUGUUGCAGAACAACCUAAGCUCAUGAGUGCUGCUCUGGUGAAGGCCGCUAAGCAGUUUGAUGCAUUGGUUGCAGCACUUCCUUCAUCUGAAGGAGGUGAAGCGGCUCAACUCAAAAGGAUUGCAGAACUUCAGGCUGAAAAUGAUGCCGUGGGCCAAGAACUACAGAGGCAACUAGAAGCUGCAGAUGAGGAAUUAAAACAGGUCCAGGAGUUGUUCAGUCAAGCAGCUGAUAAUUGCUUGAACUUGAAGAAGCCAGAAUGAUGUGCAUCACCAAUUGGCAUGAGUCUCUGCGGGGUCAUUUGUGGACAUCAGAGUUGGUGAAAACUUUUCGCUUGGAACGAGCAAAAAAACAACCUGGGAACGUAGAAGCUGUUUUUUUUUUGUAUUUUUUGUUUUUUGCUAUGCAAAAGUAAGUAUUGUUAAUUGUAGUUAUUAGUGAUGUUUAAACUUCCGUCAAAUGCAUGAUAGUACAUGCUGUCUGUUACUUAAUAUUGACCUGGAUUAUAGAUUAGUGCAAUCAAAAUCUAGGUACUUUUUGCCUUUUGAGUUCUUAAAAA